UGACUUUAUUUUAUUUCCUGAAGAUUUUGAAAAGAGGGAUGUGAUAUGUUUAAGGGGGGAAAUUUGUAGCCUGUGCAGGAUGGUAUACGAUCAAUGCGACCUCUAUUAAGGUGAUCGAUGGGAUAGACUUUGAUACGAUGCCUCCAUUGGGUUUGAGUGUUAUCUUGGCAGGCAUCACUACCAAAACUGUCAGAAAUGUUAAUGGAAGCUAUGCAUUGGAGUUUUAUGUCGAGGAAAACCUUGGAGACCGAGAACCCCAGCAGGAGUUUUGGGUUGAAGUUAAUCACGAUCCAAAUAUUAGAAAUCUUUCUAAUAAAACCAAUUCCAUCAAUCAAAGCAUGAGAUCCACGACGGCCAUUAUCGUGAGUCUGAUUAAAUAUGAACCUCCGGUAAUUGAUGAAAUGAUUGCGAAUGAUGUCAUACGAUCAACUAUGCUCGAUUCUCUUUAUGAACUGGAACUUUACGCUGCUGUUUUGGCGAAUCAAAUACACACCUGCAGCUCAAAAUGUCAGGGACCCGCACCUCCAGGGCAAACAUGCAAGAAAGGCUUUCCACGUCCCUAUAGCGAAAAAACCCAUUAUGUUACAGGUGAAUCCCGAUACGUAUAUAAGUGUUUGACCGAAGCUGAUUCUUGGGUCGUACCUUACCACCCUGCGAUACAUUUUGCUUUGGGAUGCGCAUAUCAACGUCCAAUACAUAACCGAUAAGGGAUUCGCCAGAUACAUGACAAACCCUAUAAGAAAUAUGUAAACGGAAAGGAUACGUUUUAUAUACAUUCUAUGUACGUUUCUAUAGAUUCCGUAUCCAAUAUUAUUAGAAGAUAAUUUUACAAAAAUCCCGUAUCAUAACACGAGAUCACGUGAUUGUUUAUUGAUUUGUUAUGAUACGUUUUUUGUUUUUUU